AUGAGAAAUCUUUUAGUGUUUGGAAUUUUGGAUCAUGUCUUAUAUAUGAGUUUUAUAGGUAGUUCUGAUUAUUCAAUUGCAAUGAUAUGUUUAUCAGCAGGAAUAUUGUCAACUCGAUUGUUAAAAGAGAAUAAUGUGAUUUUGUCAAUAAUCAAUUCGAGCACAAUAAUAAUAAUGGUAUUGAAUGCAAUUUUAUUAUAAUCACCAAUAAUGUAUAUGGCUGUUGGUUGUUCAAUAAUAAUGGCAUUAAAAUCUUGGUGGACAUGUUUUAUCAGUGGGAUUGGUAUAAUAGUUAUUAGUUUAAAAAUUGAUAUAUUUACAAUUUGUGAGAUCUUAGCAUUUCUAUCAACUAGUGCAGCUUAUUUACUUUACCUUCGAUAUCAAUGUAAAUGUAAAAUAAAAGAAACACCAAAAUCAGAGAUAGUCAGCAUGAUAACAAAAAGGGAUUCAAUUUAAUUUAAAUAAAAUGUUCUAGAGAUUGGAUAGUAAUCACCAAAUAAGGAAUUUGAACAAACAGAAUACAAUUUAUUCAAAAAAUUAUUAACAGCAUUUCCAGAUGGAGUGUUAAUAUUAAAUGAAUAAUAUCAAGUUUAAUUUAGUAAUGCAGCUUUUCGAAGUUUGAUGAAUGAAACCUUUGUGGAUGUAGCAAAAUAAAAAUUGUUAAAUUUAAGAAAUGCAAUUAAUUCUGAAUAAGAUAAUUAUCAAUAAUUGUUUUUAAUUUUAGAUAAAAAGUUAAAAUCUAGAUCAAAAAGUUUAGGUAAUGAAAAAUCAGAUUAUAUCUAAUUAAAAAGUUCAGUUGAUUAAGAAGAAGAGGAUUAAAACAAUCAAGACAAUGAACAGCAUUAUAAUAAUUUGUCAUAAUCUCCGAUUAUUAUAGAUGAGGUUAAAUAAAUAUUUAAAUAAAUGUUAGAGAGGGAACCUAAAUGUGAUUUAAAUUCAUUUACAUUAAAAUUCUUUUAAGAUAUCAGCAUUGUAUGUUAAGGAGAGAUGUAAAAGAUAUUUUAAGUAAUUUUGAAACCAUAUAUUGCAUAUAGUAAAGGAUUCAUAUUAUUUAUUAUAAGAGAUAUAACCCAUGUAAAUUAAAUAGCAGCCUUAGAAAAAACAAAUUUUAACAAGUCAUAAAUGCUCUAUAAAGUUGCUCAUGAAUUUAAAACACCUUUAAACAUUAUCAUUUAGAGUGUUGGAAAUGUUUUAAAUCCUAAUCAUAAUGCCAACGAAUAAUUAGAAAAAUCAAUGCAACCAAUAAAAUAUAUGGCUUCUUCAUUAUUAGGAUUAGUUAAUGAUCUUUUAGAUGUUGCAUAAUUGAAGGCUGGAAAAUUUAAUUUGUAGUUUUAGUAAGUGAAGAUAACAGAGUUAAUAAAUGAAAUAAUUGAAAUAAUGAAGAUAUAGGCUAAUUCGAAGGGAUUAUAUAUGAAAUUGAAAUAAUAGCAAAAUUUUCCUCAAUGGAUAGUAACAGAUCCCAAUAGAGUAAAACAAAUAAUAUUAAAUUUAUUAUCAAAUGCAAUAAAAUUUACAGAAAUUGGAGGAAUAACUAUUUAUCUAGAUUCAGAUGAAGAUUGUGUUUAGAUUAAAGUAUAAGAUACAGGAAUAGGGAUUCCAAAAAAUGAAUAAAGCAAAUUAUUCACUGCUUUUGGUAGAUUAGAGAAUAGUGAUAAUAUAACUGGUGUAGGUUUGGGUCUGAUGAUAUCUAAUAUCUUGGCCUAAAAAAUAGGUUAAGAAAUCAAGGUUUUUUCAGAUGGAGAGAAUUAAGGGUCAACAUUUUCUUUUAAGAUUCAAAACAGAAAAGACAUUGAUGAUAGUGUAUGUAUUUUAUAUGAUGAUGAUAAUGAAGGAAUAAUUAAUUAGCUAAGAAAUAUCCCUUAAAUGAACAAAUAUAAUGAAAUGAUUUAAUCCCCUAGUAAUAUAAGUAUGUGUUAAUGCAUAUAAAUAUUAAUAGUAGAUGAUAUGCCUUUUAAUAUUUAAAUUGUUGAAAGUCAGCUCAAAUAAUAUGAUUUAAUAAUAGACAAAGUAUUUAAUAUAAAUUUAAAGUAUUUUUAAGGCUUACUCUGUGAAAGAGGCAAUUGCUAAAAUUGAAUCUUACAAUGGAUGUGACCUGCAUACAACAUAUAAGUACAUAUUGAUGGAUAUUGAAAUGCCAAUCAUUAAUGGUUAUUAAGCUGUUUCUAUGAUUAGAGAACGAGUAGAUACACAUAUCAUUGCUUGUUCAGCUCAUUCUAAAAAUGAAAUAUCUUAGUUAUCAUUAUUUGACGGCUAUUUAUAAAAGCCUAUUAAUGUUAAUCAAAUAUUUCAACUACUUAAACAUAAUUGA